AUGUACCGCAACGCUGAGGGAAAAAGCGGAGAUGCCCCACACCAACCCGCUGUCUGCUCUCCAUCAAAGCCUUCGACAGUUCAGCGAACAGAAAAGACUCGGGAACGACCAAAGGAGGAAAGGAAGAAGGAGGUUGUUUCUGAGGAAUUAGAUCCUGAAGUAAAGGAGAAGAAGAGGCGGGCCAAGCUCAUUCGCCGCGUGAAGACGACUGGACUGGAAAACUUAAGCACCAUGCUGGACAUCAAACUGGACGCGGAAAUGCUUGAAGACUACAUCUACGGACUACAGACAAUUUGUCUUCCUAAGAGUGAGUCUUUAUCUCAGGAAUGA